UAGAUGAUAGAGACCUAAAACACAACGCAACAGCUCAGCUCGUUCACAAAAAUCUAUUUUGUGUGAUCAAUUUUCCUAUCUUCUUCGCCAUUUUCAUUCCAGUUUUAGCUAUUUUCCUAUCCCAAAAUCCACUCCUCUAUAUUUUGAUUAAUUCUACAACCACGUCUACUCUUUCUCAUUCUUCUUAAAGGAGUGCAGAAUCAACAAUGGCACAUAAUUUUUACGAGCCGGAGUCACACUUGGAUUCAAAUGAAGGUAUCUCCAUGAAGCAGAAAUGGGGGUCUAUGAUGUCAGCCUCAUCCACAAUCUCCGAUCAUGAAAGUGGGUGCUUUGAGUGCAAUAUAUGUUUAGAUUCCGCAAACGAGCCCGUGGUCACUCUAUGUGGUCACCUCUACUGCUGGCCCUGCAUUUAUAAGUGGCUUAAUGUCCAGAAUGACUCUGAAGAACCUGAGCAGCAAAACUGUCCUGUCUGCAAGGCUAACAUCUCCCACGCCUCACUGAUCCCCCUCUAUGGCCGUGGAACAUCUCGUUCGGAUUCUGAAUCCAAGAAACCCAACUUGGGUCUGGUCAUACCACGCAGGCCACUUCCUUCUGGCUUGAACACUGUAAUUACUUCUCCAACGCACCAGAAUCAGCACCUUCAUCAUCCAAAUUAUGUCCAAUCCAAUCCCCGAUCAUUUAACCAGCAAUAUUUCCCUCACCCUUAUGGAGUUCAUACCGCAAACAAUAUGUCAUCAUCUUACCUUGGGGGUGCAGUGAUGACGAGCUUGUUCAAUCCAACCAUAGGAGUUUUUGGAGAGAUGGUCUUUGCAAGGAUGUUUGGGGGCUCGGGUUCGAGUCUAUUCCCUUACCCUCCAGCUGGGGUUAGUAGCAGCAGCCCCAGGUUGAGAAGGCAGGAAGUCCAGCUUGACAAAUCUCUUAAUAGAGUGUCCAUCUUCCUUUUCUGCUGCAUUAUUCUGUGUCUUCUUUUGUUUUGAUUCUAAACACUCUUGGGAGAUUUUCUUUUGUAUAGUUUUCCAUCCAAAGAUAUAUGUGCAUAUAGAAUAUGAUUGAUGUUAGAGAUUUUUUUCAGACAUUCUUGUGAGAAGUCCAUUGAUAUGUAAAUAAUGUCAUGUGUCUAUUGGUCUUUUGUCUAAAACUUUUCUAUACCAGUCAGCAGUACAAUAAUAUUACUUUUGAGUUA